GUGUAUUCAGCAAAUGAAAUGGAGUUAAUGGGAUCACAAGAAUUUUCAGAGCUUGAAAACAUACCUAAUAUUCCUGUUAGUGUUCGUGAAGCUGCACUUGCUCAAUCAGCAUCGAUUAAUAUUGGUGUUCAUU